UCCGCGAACAAAGAGCGAGCGGCCGGGCUGGCGGCGCGGAGCUCGCUCGGGAGGGAGCCGCUCACCUGGGCCGAGCCGGAGCCGGCACCGGCACCGCCAUGCGGGGGAGGGCGCCGCCCGGGAGCAGCGCGGGCCCGGCCGCCUGAUUCGGGGGAGCCAGCGCGAGAGAGCGGAGCCGGCGGCGCUUCCUUCCCGCCCAUGGCAGCCCCAGGCGGCGGCUGCGGGUGAGGCGGGGGCCGCGGCUCGGGUCUCGGAGGGAGCGGUCGGCAGGGCCGGGCCGGGCAUGGCGGGGGUCAGCUACUCGCCGCCCUGGUGGGUGAGUCUCCUGCACCGCCUGCCGCACGUCAGCCUGCGCUGGGAGGCCGCCAGCGCCGACUUCCGCCCGGAGGACGCCGAGUAUCAGCAGGCCUUGUUGCUGUUUGGUGGUGUUGCUCUGUCCUGCCUUGCUCUGGAUCUCCUCUUCCUCCUGUUCUACUCGUUCUGGCUGUGCUGCCGCCAUCGGAAAAGUGAAGAGCACUUAAAUGCAGAUUGCUGCUGCACUGCUUGGUGUGUGAUCAUCGCGACCCUUGUCUGCAGCGCUGGCAUCGCUGUUGGCUUCUAUGGAAAUGGGGAGACCAGUGACGGCAUCCACCGGCUGACAUACUCACUGCGACAUGCAAACCGCACGGUGGCUGGGGUCCAAGCCCGGGUGUUGGACACUGCCGUGGCCCUGAACCAAACAGUGGAACCGAACCUGCUGAUCCUUGAGGAGAUGUUCAUGAAACAGACUGAUUACCUGCACGUCAUCCAGAAACUCCAGGGCCUCUUGGAUGACUUGAUCAGGCAAACAACAGAGAUCCCUUUCUGGAAGAAUGAGGAACUGUCAUUAGAGGAACUGGCUGUUCAGAUUGAUCUAUAUGACUGGUACAGGUGGCUGGGAUACCUGGGCCUACUUCUGUUCCAUGUCCUGAUCUGUUUGCUGGUGCUCUUUGGACUAAUUAGAAAUUCCAAGGCUAUUCUCAUUGGGGUAUGUCUUCUAGGGGUGCUUGCUCUAAUUGUCAGUUGGGGAUCCUUGGGUCUGGAGCUGGCUGUUGCAGUGGGCUCCAGUGACUUCUGCGUUAACCCUGAUGCCUACAUCUCUAAAGUGGUGGAGGAUCAUGCAGUGCUCAGUACUGAUACUCUACGCUAUUACCUUGCCUGUAAUGCUGGAUAUCCAAACCCCUUUCAGCAGAAGCUAUCAGGAAGUCACAAAGCCCUGGUGGAAAUGCAGGAUGAUGUGUUGGAGCUGCUCAGGUCAGCCAUCAGAGAGUACCCCACCUCCAAGGAGUACCUUACUCGGAUACAGGAGGUUCUAAACUCCACCGAGAUCAAUUUGCAACACCUGACUGCACUGGUAGACUGUCGUAGUCUUCAUUUGGAUUAUGUCCAGGCUCUGACAGGCUUCUGCUAUGAUGGAGUGGAAGGGCUCAUUUACCUGGUUCUCUUCUCGUUUGUCACGGCUCUUAUGUUCAGUUCCAUUGUGUGCAGCGUCCCACACACUUGGCAGCAAAAAAGGAGCUCGGAUGAUGAUGGGGAGGAGGAAUCUGCAGCUCAAGGGAACAGACAAACCCACGAUAAUCUGUACAGGGUGCACAUGCCCAGCCUCUAUAGCUGUGGGAGUAGCUAUGGCAGUGAGACCAGCAUUCCAGCGGCAGCACACACAGUCAGCAAUGCUCCUGUCACGGAGUACAUGAGCCAGAAUGCAAACUUCCAGAACCCCCGCUGUGAGAACACGCCUCUGAUUGGCCGGGAGUCUCCACCUCCCUCAUACACCUCCAGCAUGAGAGCCAAAUACCUCGCUACCAACCAACCUCGCCCAGACUCUGGCAGUGUGCAUUAAAAACAUAACGCAGACACAGUAAAACUAAACAAACGUGCCAACUGCUGCUACCCUGUGCUGUCAGUGUAGAACAACCCUGCUUUCCUGUCCCAAACCCAGCGCAACUCCUGCUUCCUCAAUACAGACCACCCCUCCAACCUGGUACCUGUGCAUUGGCAAUCUGAAUGGAAGCCCCUUUCAAAUUAAAUCUAUACCUAGUUGUACGUGGAGAGAGAGAGAGAGAGAGUGUGCAAGCACCUGCAGAAGAACACCAGUUUGUCUGGGAUUCACCUACUUGAGACCAGCUUUGUCAACAGUCUAUCAGGAAACCUUUGCAAAUAGUUUUACUUCUGUCUCCCCUACCCUCUCCAUUCCACAGAGGAACUGGAUGGAAGAACGUUGCAGAUCUUCACUUCUGUGAGGUGAUCCAGCGGAGCUGCUCAGUCUGCAGUGCACUGAAGAAGCAGAGACUGCGAGCCCAUGACUAUACUGUACAGAUCGGGAAAGCCAUGCCAAUGUACACUCUUAAAAGUCACGUGCGCCUAGUGUUUUUAAAGAAGUCUUCUUGCCUGAUACCUUGUGUGGAGGCUCCCUUCCUGUGUCACUGAAUACCUACUUUAAGCUGGGAGUCUCACCUGGGCUCCCCUCUCUCCUCUGGUGACUUUAAAUCAGCUUUUCCUUUCCCCUUUAUAACCAGCUUUUGCAUUCUUGAGGAGUAGGCGGUUUUCAGCACCAGCCAGCUGUCUCAGAUGCACCCCUGCCUGCCCAUUGCUGUGAGCCUGACCUUUCUGCUCCAUCAGGGAAACCCCUGUACUCACAGAUGGCAUUCUGGGUGCUGCUUUUUUGAGAUUGGGUGCACACAGAACACACAGGAGCCAGCAACUCACUUGGUGCCAAUUUUUUCCAGGAAAAGACUUGUAAGACUUAGGGGUUUUUUUGCACUAAAUAGUUUCAGAUCUCUAGGGCAAUAGCCUGGCACUAGGUCUCAUGGGACAGUCAGCUUGCAAGAGCAAGAGAGAUUGUAAGCUCCAGUGAAGGAGUCCAAGGAGUUACUUGUGACAGACUGCUGGACUCUUCCAUUAAUGUUUGGAGUAGAAAAGUCAAGUCCCGUGGCAUUGGCUUUAGAGGAGGAUCCUGGGGCCUCAGCCCAAAGUUCGUCAUAAGAGCAGCAAGGUUGCAGCCUCCUUGGCUCUGCGCUCCAGGAUCAGAAAACAAAAGUCUUAACACAUGAAUGUUUGGGGGGCGGGGGGUGUUUUUUUUUUUGUUGGGUUUUUUUUUUCUGGUCAUAACUGCUAACCACUAACUGCCAUACACAAGGCACAUGUGAAUAAACUCCUAGUAUCUCCUAGCACACUGUGCAUGGGCCACAGGUGCAAUGGAGUGUACCUGCAGGGGGCAGCAUCCUACACCAGUUCUGUACUUCGUUGAAGAAUGGUGCUCUACAGGACAUAAACCACUUUUUACUAGAAAAGACUCCAAUGUGCAGCUGUGCGAUAAAUGGAUAUGAACUUUAUACUCCAGUAGAUCAAAGCAUAGUCCUUUCUGAAUUUUCCUUUCUGUGCAAGCUGUCUUAAUCUAGUUACUUAGGGAGACUUAAGCAAGAAACAGAACUAAAGUACAAAAUCUCAUAAAUCUGAGGUGGGCCACAGGACAAGUGUGGUUCAAAUCUAGCACCACAAUAUCUGAUUGCAUCAAAGGAGAACUCCUUUCUCAUCUUUUAGUUUGCUCUGUAUAGUGAAUGUCCGUAAUGUGGACCAGUCAGCCUAGCAAUCUGCCUUUGCUCUGGAUGAUCUCAUCAGACUUCUCCAGAUCUUGUCCUUUUCUCUUUACUAGGGGGUGAGUUAUCACCACUCGGGGAACAUUUUGCAUAUUCCACGGAUGAUUAACUAGGAUGCCAAUACUGCCUAUAGGGGAAGCUUACAUACUCCAAGAAAAGGGGUAUUUUGAGACAUCUCAAGGAAAUAGAAGCCACUAAUGGAUUAGCCUCCAACCUUUGGAGGAAUGGGGAAGAAGGAAGGAAGGAAAGUAGCACACUGACAAGUUUUUCUUGGAGAGGAGGUCUCAGGGUAAACACUAGUUAUGUUCCAUCACAGAUCCCUUAAAACCUGGUAUGAGAGCUGCAUGUGUGGGUGGGUGGUAUACAAGCAUGUGACACUGCUGGCUGACAAGCCUCUGGACCGUUGGAUGCUCAUAACAGCUGGUAUGAUUGAAUGGGGAAAACUGAAACCAUACUGUGACAUUUUAGAGAAACCCCCAUUUUCCCAUAGUCAAUUUGGACUAUUUCCCAUGUCUGUGAGCUAGGGGCUGCACAGACUCAAAUACUUGAGGUUUUUAGAUUUAGAAGAACUGCCCCAAAAUCUGCUGCAUGCCUCUCAGUAGUCCUUUAAGGCAAGUGUUGGAAGAGCAUAAAGCAGGAAAUAAACUUCAGUCAAAUAGGUGCAGCUGUCGGCAGCUUUUGCUGUACAAAGAACACAUGGGUUUUCCUACUGGGCCUUAGGAGAAGUAGGAUGCAACAUGCCAGAGCCAGCAGUCCAAUGCUGGUAAUAACAAAGAGCCAAUACCUUUCAGUGCAGUAUCCAGGCUGGAUACUGCCUUAACUUGCUUCCUUCCCAGGCUUAGCUUAAUCAGUUGUACUGUCCAGAACGAAUUCUAACAGGGUUCAUAGGCUAUAGCCAGUUGCUGAUUGGAGAUCCGUGCUCUGUGACUUUAAAGUGUAUUAAGGAAGAAUUCUGUGGGACGCUGCACUCCCUGCGUGGCCAGCAGAACAAGACUGCUGUGUGAGUGGUGUACUGUGUGUACUGUAUGGUUCCACCCAGGACUUCCUUUAAUUAACAUGGAUUUUGCAUUUUUGUAAAGAGUCAGAGCCCUACUGUCCUACUGCAUAUUUUAAUGCAAUGUUUCUAUUUAUUUUUUUAUAUGGCUCAUUGGGCAACAGUGUGGCACUUCUAGGGGUUAGUCCAAAUGGAUCUGCUGCAGAGCCAGUAGCAUGUGCUCAUUAGUACGGGUGUGAAGUGAUCGCUGUAGUCUAAAUGACCAGUCUGGUUGGGGGGUGGGGUGGGUGGGGGUGUGUGUGUGCGCGCGCAAACCCUGAAUGCAUGUAGGCACAGCAUGGCCGCCAAGGAGUAGACCUCUCAAAAAUUCAAGAUCUCCCAGAGUCUCUUCCCCCUUCCCCCGCCAUAGGGUGAACAGCAGGAGCUUAGUGGCAAAGAGUUGUAAGUGGCACUACUGGUUAUAGGAGGCUUAGAUACAGUGAGUAAAACUGGAGUGUCUUUUUUUUUUUCUCUUCUGUAAUUUGUAUUGCAUUUUAAUGUGUGAAAUGUCCAUGCCAGAUCACUCAGAAUGUGUCCCAGCUGACUUCUCAAGAGCACAUAAUCAUCUCAGAACCUAGCCACGUUGUUGCUUAUUAGUACAUGGCUCCAAAAUUCAGGGGAACCGUGAGACUCUGAUCUCCGGGCACCUUGCUGACAGCAAAACGGGAGGCAGCUCCUGUGUGGUUAGAAAGGUGAUAGCAGCAAAGACACUUCAUCUUUCUUUCUUUUUUUUUUUUUUUUCAAAAAAAAAAAAAAAGUGUAAACAGUCAUCGGCUUGUCUGGUUUGUUGGGUUUCUUUCCACUCCAUCUCGUACAAAUGAUGGGGUUUUUUUUUUGAUUUUUUGGAACUGAAACCUUUCAAGCACACCAACAUCUCCACAAUGUGAAAUGUAAAUAGCAUGUUGGACUCUUUUUUGUGUCCAGUGUUCAGAACUGCAUUGUAAUUGUAAAGGAAAUCGAAUCAAGACUUGGCUGUGAAUUUCUUGUGCUGUCUUGGGAAUAUAACUGUAGUGUUUGUAUCCUGUAUGUACUAUUAACUGAAUUCAUUUUACUUGCUGAUAAAAGGGUUCAAAUGGAGAUCGCAGCAUCCAUCAUGUGACCAAACCUGCCCGGGGGGAGGGGAUUUGAUUGCCCCCCCACCCUCUUUGAGUUCUCCCCAUGUGAAAGGUAUUCAUUUGUAUAGCCAGCUCUGGGCACAGAGGGGUGUCCAUUUGAGUGCUUUGAACUGGCUGUUUUGCAUGGGGGAGGUUUUGGAAUGGCCCCAGAGGAGGAGUCACACGGACGUUGCCCUUAGAACUUAUAAUGUUCAUGUGCACAGUCCAGGCUUUCUCAGAAAGAACAACUUCCAUGGGCUGGCCUUGUGCUCUGCUUGUAAUUCUUGGCACUGUGGUGUGGACAGCAGAUGGAGGCACUUGCUCAGCAGAAUGUACAAAUGCUUAUGUAGAUAAAACCCACCUCUGACUCCUGGGUCUGGUUUCUUCCCCCCUGCACCCCGGGAGCAGCCAAGGCUUGAAGUCAGUGCAGAGACUGCACAGUGCCCUUUUGGAGGGAGGAAAGGGAGAGCGUCACUCUGCUGACAGGGCCCCUUCAAGCUGAUUUAAGGAUAGGUGGGUUCCCAUCCUUUUGUCAGAAGGAUGGUGGUUACGUGGCAGGACCUGGGGAGCAGAGGGCUGAAUGAAAGGAAAUAAUGGAGAUCCUCAUUGUGCUGAAAGAGACAGUGUAGCUUUGGGGGAGAAGGAAACUCUCCUCCUUGUGGCGCUUUCUUUCCCUGCAUUGCAAAGUCCUUCAUUACCAGGCAGGAUAUACCUGGAUAGUAUUGGAGCGUCAUGCAUGAAGACAUUGGCUCCACAACCGGGAACUCCGGGAUCUGUUCCCUGAACAUGGCCAGAAAUCCAAAAGGAGCCGAGAGGGAGGGAGUGCAUAUUGGCUAUCCUAGCAGUCCUUCCCUCUAGCCCUUCUCCCGGGUGGUGUAUUUCUGCCAGAGCAGCCUGGAAGAGCUGGGACUGUGGGUGGGAGGCACUAGCACUGUGGAGACUCUAUUUCAGAGAGAGCGAAGCUCCUUGCUAGAGGCAGCCUGCAGCAAGGAGUAUUGAGAGAAGCCAGGCUUCCAACUGCCUGCACUGCACCAAGAAGCCACACUGUCCCACAACUGUGCAGGGACACCAGCAAACAGGCAGGUGGAACAUUACCCCUCCAAUUACUAAGACAGACUCUGCUGCUCGUUGAGAAAGAGGACUUGGCAGGGCACCCCACCCGGCCCUGCAUUUUACCCAAGAUUCACUUUGCACUCCCAAUCUCCCCCUCUUUAACUAGAAGCUGACAUCGGGGAGUGACCUAUACACGGUUGGCGUGAUAGCAUCGGGAGGCAGAAAAUUCUAAAUGUUAUCAGUUCCUAAACUCUGAGAGCAGGCUGACCUUCCAAACAGAUGAGUGGAGCCUCCUGCUGCCCCUCUUCUGUCAGUGCGUGGCUCCACCAAGUGUGGAGAGGGAGAGUUGGCCAGUGGUUAAAGCGCAGGGCUGGUAGCUGGGACUCAUAGCAAACAAGCAGCAGUCUGGAAUAAGAGCUAUGUGACUUUGUGGGCAAAUCACUUAGCCUCUCUGUGCCUCAGCUUCCCAUUGUAAAAAUGGGGGAUCAUUGACAAGAGGCAUGAUUUAAUUAUUUCUGAGAUCUCUGAAACUGCCCAUCAGUCUGAGGGCCUGGACAAAAGGAAAUGGAAACUGAUAUGCCUGACAAUAUGCGAAGUGUGAAGUUUUAUUCUAAAGAGGGUAACCCCUACCAUUAGGGUCUUUCUAGGCACUCUGCGUUCAGUACCGCAUUUCUCCUCUUAAAAUUCCAAACUCUCUCCCUCCCACGUUCCCAUUCCGAAUCAACCAGCAGAUGUCUCCAAAGGCCCAAGAUCCAAAGGCAGCUGAAGUCAAUGGAAAGACACCUAUUGACUUCAGUCGUCUUUGGAUCAAACCCUAGUGGCCCAGCUGUUGCAUCACGCUCCUCGCGUCCCUUGUUCGCAAGCGUGAGCUGGGAAGUCCCAGUGGGUUUAGUUAACUGUCAUCUUUAAGAGGGAAGUUUUUAAUUUGUUUUUGACACUGUGCACGGAAACUUACUGGUGAACAUGUAACUGGCCUUUUUGUAAUUCUUUUGUUCUUAUUCUUAACCAUAAUGGCUGUAUAUCGUACCACUUUAUAUACAUAUAUGUAUAAUAUAUAAAUAUAUACUUUUUUUAAACCUUUGGACCUGCUAGUUCCUUUCAAGUAUUCCUGCACUUACCUAAAACGUUUUUAAAUUGUGAGGGUUAAACUGAGGAGUGAGCCCAUUUUGUAUCUUUCCUUUUUCUUCGGUAGUUUUAUUGAUUGUACCGUAGCUAUUUUUUACUGUAAUUUUUGUUCUGAAAAAUACUAAAAAAAACAAAAACAAAAACAAACCCUAAAUGUAACUUGUGGUUUCUAUUCAGCUUGGGUUUAAUGUUUUAAAAUAAACAAAUGAAACUACAUAGCACUGUU